GUUAAAAGCUACCUCGUUAGUUGAGGUCAAGUCAUAACGUGGUGCAGUCAAUAUACGGACGGAAAUUGAUGAAUUUGUUUGAUGAAUAACGAGUGUAAAUUCAGCAAUGAGUAUCAAGUGUGGAUGCAAUUAAAAGACACGAUCAUCGAGUAAGUAUAUAGAAAUCUAUGAAUCAUUCAAACAGCAUUAACUGCAAGAGAAAAAAAUCCUCGGAUUGACGAUGGCCGAAAACGUGAAGGUGAUCGUGCGAUGCAGACCGAUGAACCACAGCGAACUGACCCUCAACAGCAAGGUCGUUGUGAAGAUGAAAGAUUGCAUGGUCGAAAUUUACGAUCCGAAUGAGAGGGGAAGCGCGCUGCCAAAACAAUUCACCUUUGAUUCGGUGUACAAUCAGGAUUCGAACACGGAAAUCAUUUACAAUGACAUCUGUUAUCCGUUGAUAGAGAGCGUACUCGAAGGAUAUAAUAGCACGAUUUUCGUGUACGGCCAAACUGGAUGCGGCAAAUCGUAUUCUAUGGAAGGCGAUAAAUCGUCGGAUCCACCAGAGAAGGGAAUAAUUUCGCGUGCGUUCGAGCACAUCUUCGAGGCGAUUUCUGUUGCUACACAAACCAAGUAUUUAGCAUUGGUCAGCUAUUUGGAGAUUUACAACGAGCAAAUUAGGGAUUUACUGCAACCACACGAAAAACUGGGACAAGAAAAUAAACUGAAUUUGAAGGAAAUGCCGAAUGAGGGUCUGCAAAUACCUGGACUGACGCAAGAACCGGUGCACAAUGUGCACGAGUGCGAACGUUAUUUCCAAUACGGAACCAAAAAUAGGAUGAUAGGCGCAACAUUGAUGAAUCAGAAUAGCUCAAGAUCUCACAGUAUUUUUACGAUUAGUAUAGAGCAGAUCUCGCACAUCGAUGACAAAGAGAACAUUAGGAAAGGUAAACUCAAUUUGGUCGAUUUGGCCGGCUCCGAGAGGCAGGCUAAAACUGGAGCGACCGGAGAUAGACUGAAGGAAGCGACAAAAAUUAAUUUAUCUCUUAGCGCAUUGGGUAACGUUAUAUCGGCUUUGGUCGAUGGAAAGGCGAAGCACAUCCCGUACAGAGAUUCCAAAUUAACGAGACUUCUUCAGGAUUCUUUGGGUGGAAACACGAGAACGUUAAUGAUCGCCUGCAUAAGUCCGGCCAGCAGGAAUUACAUGGAAACAUUGUCGACCCUAAGAUAUGCAAAUCGCGCUAAAAAUAUAAGCAACAAACCGCGCGUCAACGAAGAUCCCAAAGACACGAUGCUGCGACAGUACCAGGAGGAAAUAGAGAAGCUAAAAAAGAUGCUGGAAUCUCGUCUAUCGACACCAUUGAAAAUAGACGAUGACAAACACGAUGAUGAUGAUGACGAUGACGACCUCCCAUCGAAAAAUAACAACAGGGAAAGCGAUCUGGACACUGAGAGGGAUCGCCUGAUCACCGAAUACGAACAAGAGAUGAGGAAACUGAAGAAUUUGCACGAACACGAAAGAACGGAAAAGGAGAAUAUCCUUAAACAGAUCGACGUAAUCAAGCACGAGUACCAGAAGAAGAUUGAGCUGUUGCAGAUGAGCAAAGGCGAUUCGGUCAACAAGGAGGAGAUUUUGAAGAGGAUCGCAAUGCUGAAAGCCAGUUUAAUUGGUGGCGAAAAGGCGGACGAUCUGGAAUUAUCGGAUAAGAGGAAACGGAAAAAGUUGGCGUCGGAAAGACGGUUGAGCGCAAUAGCGCACGUGUUAGCAAAAAUCGAGAUGAACGAGGAUCGGGAGAUCCUGCAAAACCAGUACAAAGACAUCAGUCAGGAGUUGAAUUCGAAAACGGAAGCGUUGAGGAAAUAUCGACUCAAAGUGAAAUCAUUGGAGAAGGAGAUAUGCGAUAUUCAGGGUGAAUUCGAAACGGAAAGACAAGAUUAUUUAGAUACGAUCAGGAAACAAGAGAUGACGACGCAAUUGUUGUCGCAAAUCUCGGAGAAGAUCGUCGGCACUUUGAAAAAGGAAUGCAACUAUAGUAAUUUGGAGGCAAUUAAAGAGCAAGCGGUUUGGUUGGACGAUUGUCAAAAGUAUCGACUACCUGAAAUGAUUGUGCACAGAACUAAACUACCACCUGCAGGUCAAAAUCAUAAUCGGAUAUCUUCGAGUAAUUCGGAGACGAGCAUCAAGAAUUGGAGCGCCCCAAAUUCACCGCCCAACUUUGAUGGUAACGAUAUUGUAGGUAAUUAUUUUAAACCGAAACGAGCGACGGAACUGUUGAAUCAGUCGCUGCGCAUGGACACGAAUCACGUUUUCAACACUUGGCGAGGUAAUGAUUUCGCUAGGAAUAAUAAACCGACGUCGAGUGUGUCUCAAAGUUUCCAGCAAAGAUCGCCAAAGAAAUUCAACAAUUAUUUAGUCUCGUCUGAGAAUUACCUGAAGAAGCCUCUACGUCUGAAAGCGUUGCCGAAUAUCGAUAAGACGCGGAAAGAUCACCUCGGACCGCUUGACGUUGUUUGAGAGAGUGAUAUUUUGGUCGAAUGACAAAGUGAUUUUUCGCAUGUGUGAUAAUUUGAAAGUUUCAAAUAUAUAAUAUAUAUUUUAAG